AUGCAGCCCCCACCAUGGCUUGUGUGGUACAAGAAGCCUGAUUAUCGGGACAUCAGGGAAUAUGCAACUGAAAUCAGCUCCGGGAAGCGAGCUUUCAGUCCCGAACCACGCGGCAAGAUCACGGUCCCCAGUCGUUUGAGGCUUGAAAGGAUCUUGGCAAACAAAACAUGCAGCCCAAUGUCAUUUUACGACUUUUACAUGUACUUGAAAUAUAUUGAGUUUUCAUCAGAAAACCUCGAAUUCUAUGUCUGGUUCAAGAACUACGAAAAAGCAUACGAGAGACUAGGAAUUACAGAAAAGGAAGAAGAGAUUUUCCGUGCAACAUUUGCAGACCAGACAGCUUCAGGUUCAGUCACUGGACAAGACACACGGUCGCAAGGUUCAAUCAAGUCAGAUUGGGAUCCGGAUCUGGGCGCCGACACCCUAGCACACAUCUCCAAGAUGAUCAGCAUGAACGUGGCCCUCAGCGCAAAGUCGCCCAGCGACAGCAUGUGCCCCCUCGAGCCACCAAACGCAAUGUGCUGCGACAAGGCCUCACGCAGCAGCCGAGAAUGCAGAACCGCAAACACCACCUCCAACGCGUCCCCCUUUUCCGCUGAGAACAUGUUCAACUCCAACCUCGGCCACGGCGCCGAACUGCGGGCCGUCGUCAAGACGUACCUGAUGCCCGGGUCUGAGAAGGAACUCAACGUACCACCCGCAACGCGCGACGCCUGCCUCCGCGCAAUCCAGCACUACAUCGCCCGCAGCCAACGGGCAUCGACGGCCAGCUCCGACAGCGGCACCGAGGCCCGUCAUCUCUACUGCCACCCCGACCACCUCCGCCCCAUCGCCGACCACGUCUACGGCCUGCUUAAGAACUGCUCCCACCGCAAUUUUGUCCGGCUCGGCGUGUCCAACGGCACGUACGAGACCGUCUGCGUCGCCACCUCACUGGGCAUAGCACUGACCACCUCGGGCUUCUUGUGCGUCCUGCUGCGCGCCCUGUACCCCUUUGUCGGGGCGCACACGCGCUGGAACGCCUUUGCACCAUGGCCGCUCUGGUGGAUCGGCAUGGCCUUUAUCCUGUCCGGGCUUCGCGGCAGCUGCUUCUUCCUGCUCCUGUUCUCGCGCCGGCAGCCGCUGCCGUGGGAGAGGUUCGACGACGACAACGUCACCAACAGCGAGAGGAGCGACGGGGCGAGGGGUGACAGGGCAGCAGCCGAGGCAGAAAACGAAUCGGCGAGGAGUGGGCGGAGUGCCAUCCUGCAGCGGCUGUCGAGGCUGAUGAUAUUCGACCGCAAGCUCAAGGUUAAGGAUUCGGCUCUCCGGCGGCUGCAAACAAAGAUUGUUGUCCAGAGCUUGGCUGUAGGGGCUUUGUUUGCCAGUACUUGUGUUUUGGUGUUUAUUUGGUUGCCCUGCUGGACUGAGAAUGUGCAGCGUUAA